ACAAAACAGUCUGUAUGGCAAGUUCCUGAGGAAAUUGCAGAUGCCGUAAAAGCAUUUAAAGAAUCGGAAGAAAGGAAUGCUCAAGCAUUACAAGAUACUGCUGGAGUUAAAAGAAAAGCAAAUGAUGAAGAGCAAAUGACCAGCGAAGAGGUGAAGAGAGCUAAAGGAGGCAUAGACAAUGUUGUAAAUGAAGGAACUGAAUUGACAGAAGAAGACAUUGCCUUUCAGCUUCAAUUUAUGGAAGAGCAAGAACGACAAGAGCUAUUGUCUACAACGGGUAGUGGUGAUUCAGGUGAUAAUGAUAAUUCUGCCGUUCAUGAUAUAGGUGAUGAGGAUUCUCAAAUGCAAAUUAAAGACAAAGACAAAGAGGUGGAACUUUCACCCGAAGAACGUAUGCUAAUGUUUAAAUCUCUUUUGAGGGAGAUGGAUGUGUCACCAUUUGCAAUGUGGGAAAAAGAAUUGCCAAGGAUUAUACAUGAUCCAAGAUAUACAUUAAUUCCAACAUUGAAGCAGCGAAAAGAAAUUUUUGAUGAAUAUUGUAAGGAACGAGUUGUGGAAGUGAGAGCAGAAAAGAUCAAUAAAGCCAAAGACUUAACUGCCAAAGAUGAGUAUUUAAAACUUCUCGAAGAAGAAACGUCUCACCGUUCUCAUUGGGACUCUUUUAGAAAAAGAUUUAAAAGGGAUCCUAGAUUCAAAAAUUUCUCGGAUGACAAAGAAAGAGAAAAGGUAUUCCGUAAGCAUAUCCAUGAAUUGAAGGAGGUGGAAGCAGAACGUAAAAGAGUGCAACAAAAAAAGGCGCAGGAAGAUUUUAUGAAACUCUUGAGGGAAAUGAGAGAAAUAAAACCUGAUUCCAGUUGGCGCAAAGUAAAACGGUUAAUUGAUGAUGAUCCGCGAUAUAUCGCAGUACAAUCAUCAAGUUUAAGGGAAGAGUUGUUCAGAGAAUAUUGUCAAAAACUUGAGGCGGAAGAUGAAGAAGAAAUGGCAAGGAAAGAGAAUGAACGGAAGCAACGGGAACGAAAAGAAAGAGAAGAAGCAAGUUUAAAAAAUAGAGAAGCUCAAGUGAGAAGUGAAAGGCGUUAUCAGAAUUUUGAUAGAAAUUCUGCGAAAAGGAAGGCGAUGCGUGAAAAGUCCAUUCUUGCAUUCCAAACUCUUUUAAUUGAUUUAGUGCGGACGCACGAAGCCACGUGGGAUGGAAAGAAACAUAGCCUAGAACAGGAUCCACGUUUCCAUGGCGAAGGCCUUGAAGAUAAUGAUAGAGAACGCCUUUUUAAUGAACAUACUGUAGAUAUGUACCAAAAGCGCCUAAAAUCGUAUCAUCAACUUCUUAGUGAACAUCUAAAAUUAGACACUACGUGGAUUGAAAUUCAGCCAAUUAUCAAAGAAGAUCCACGCGCAGUGCGGCUUUCAAAAAAUGAAGCUCUUUUGGAAGAAUUGUUUGACAAAUACUUGGCCAGAGAGAUUGAAAAAGCUAAAAAAGAAUUUUUAGAACUCUUAAAAGAAAAUCAAUUCAUAGAAUAUAGGACGCGCAUGGUUCAAUUAUCAGAAAAUGGAGCAAAAGACGAGACAGGCGCAGAGAAAGAGAAAGCUCGUGGAUUGACUAAAGAAGAAAUUCAUGAUGUGCUCAAGGAGGAUACUCGAUAUUUAGUUUUAAGCCAUAUGCCUGAAGUUCGUGAUGAACUAAUCACAGAAUAUUUGAAUAACGUUGAAGCUCCAAAAAUGACUGUGCAUCAAGGAC